UUAGAAGUUAAAAUUUUCAAUUUGAAAAAAAUUGUUGCUGUUAUUUUUAAAUGUUACAAUGAAUUCUAAAAAAGCUGCCGAUAAAAAUACAGUAGAAGAUGAACCAAUGUCUAAUAUUUCUUCAACUAUUGUAGAUGAGAAUCGAAUUUACAAACUCGAUAGGAAAUUUGUUAGAAUUUUAUAUCCCGGUGUGGUUAAAAACGUUCCCAAAGCUUUGGAAACUUUAGGAGGAAUAUACAACGUGGAAACUGCUGUUUCCGAUCCUAAAAAGAAAUUAGAACUAAGGUUCCACCCGGAGAACAAAUUCAAUAAACCAUGUUAUUCUGACAUGGACACCAAUCCUGGACUACUAGUCGAAGUCACAAAGAAAAAUGGUGAAAUCGACUACAAGAUAAUCGGUUAUACAAACAGCAAUUUUACAUUUAACAAAGCUUUAGACUACCAAUAUUUACCAUUAGUAGAAAACAAAGAAACUGACCAAGUCGAAUACGUUCACGAUAAAAUAUUCCCAAAAAAACUACCAACACUCGAAUUCCUAAUGUCCAAAGAGAGCAAACACCAACCGCCAUUUCUAUUACCAGCGAGCUUCUCCCGAUACGAACUAUCCCACCACACUUUAUACCUAAGCGCAGAAGAGAAAUUCAACUUAGACAAAAACGAUCGACCGGAAUUAUUCAAAAUGUUCAAGAAAAAAACCCCCAAACAUCCUUACAUUCAGCCAUCGUACACUCUUAACAUCAACGACACCGGUUUAAAAAUCCCCGACAGUCCAAAACCCCUAGCUUUAAAGUUAGUUAAAGAUAAACUAUGCGAUGAAGCCUACUUGCAAAUGCAAAAGUUGUUUGACGAGCGACCUAUGUGGUUGAAGGCCGCUGUUCAAUACAAAUUGGGGCUCAAAAGCGAAGUGGUGAAAACAGUCUUGCCAGCUGUGGCGUAUUUCUGGACUAACGGUCCUUGGAGAAUCGUGUGGACAAAGUUCGGAGUGGAUCCCAGGCAGGAUUUCAAUAUGAGGAUAUAUCAAACUCUCGAUUUUCGAAUUAGAGAAGGGACGAAAAUUAAAAUCAAAGCGAAAUUGAAAGCGUCCUCGUCAGGCAUCGACGAAAGCCACUUUAUGCUCAAACCCGACAUGAUGCCACCGUUUAGACAAAUGUUUUACCAAUUUUGCGAUUUACAAAUCCCCGAAGUACAAGAUAUGCUCCAGCGAUUACCGAAAACACCCGGCCAUUUGCCGUACAAUCCGAAAACAGGGUGGUUACCGCUGAACUUCUCCGAACACUGUCGAGAAAUAGCCAAUAGGUAUAUUUUGGAGCGGGUCCGGCACGAGUUAUUAGAAGACAACAUCAGAUCCCAAUCAAAAUAUUACUCGAGUCCUGAUGAAGAUCCAUCGGACAGCACAAACACGGCGAGCGUUUCUAGCGGUAUGCUGGACAAUUUAAAAAGGGGCUUUAGAAGAAAUCUAAAUCUUAACGUCGAUGAAGAUAUCGAUGAAACUAUCGUUCUAUCCGAAGAUGAAACCGAUGAUGUUGAAAAAUUAAUCGAAGAAGACAUUUCGUACGCGAACGAGUUCUCGGACGAUUCGGAAAUGGAAUUGGACCUGGAAGCGGUCGAGGAAAUCAACGAAAUAAUUUCGCAAGUCAAGAACUAAACUAUAGAUGAGCUUGUAGUUUCGUUUUUGUGAAAUCCAAUAUAUUGAUUAACUUAUUAAUCUAAUAACGCAGCGGAUAAAAAUGUAUUUGAUUAGGGCGUACAACUACAAACUUUGCUAUACAGGGCGUUUCUUUAUUUCUAAAUUAAACAGGGUGCAGUAAUUCAAAUAAUUUUAUACAGGAAUUGUUUCUGUAAAUAUUACGAAGCUUUACAAUAAAUGCUACAAACUUAUUCAAUUUUAACUUCUCUUUCUUCGAACUGGUUAGUUUAAAUAAUUGCUUUGGUUUUGCAGAUCGAAACAUAAGAGGUACUGU